AUGCAGUUUGAUGCCGAGAUUGAGGCGGCAAAAGCGGAAGCCGACGCCAUCGAGGAAGAGCUGCUGAUCGUCAACAAUUUGAUGAUGACAAUAGACUCGGUGACCGAACGAAGCGUGAACAGAGAUAGAUGGUCGUUCUCUCGCCGGACGAGGUGGUUUGAGGAGGCUGUGCCAUUGCUUGGUGAGAAGUUUUUCAAACGUGCAUUCCGCGUAACACCGGCGACUUUUCGCAACAUCGUGGACGCCGUGAGAACGCUGCUCGAGCGUCAGAACACGAACAUGCGUGAAGCCAUCACGCUUGAUAAACGUGUCGCGAUUGGCUUGUACCGGUUGUGUUCUUCAGCCGAAGACCGUAGUGUCGCCGAAUUGUUUGCUGUGGGACGCUCAACCGUCAACGUGGCCUACAGAGAGUUGUGCGAGGCUGUUAUCCACACUAUGGAGGCGGAGUGGAUCAAGAUGCCCACAGCUUCAAGCAUGGCCGAGCAAAUUCGCGAGUUCACGGCCACGUUGGAAUUCCCGCAAGCCAUGGGAUCACUAGACGGGUGCCAUUUCUCCGUUUCACCGCCCAGAGAGAGCGCCACCGACUAUAGGAACUAUAAAGGAUGGUACAGCAUCAUCCUCCUCGCACUGGUCGACCACAAGUAUAGGUUCCGUUACAUCAAUGUGGGGUCUCCUGGCCGCUGCCAUGAUGAAUAUGUAUACCACCGGUCAAGACUAGCAGACGCAGUCAAGGGCCCCCUGUUCCGCCGACCACUAGUAACAAUCAGUGGUACAGCUGUGCCACCCUUAAUACUAAGCGACCAAGCAUUUCCGCUCGCUGUCAAACUGAUCAAGCCAUUCAGCCACAGGGCACAGUUAAGUGAAGAACAAAGGUUAUUUAAUUACAACCUUUCUAAAGCUCAAGCUCGACGGAUUGUGGAAAAUGCCUUUGGUAGGCUCAAGGCAAGAUUUCGCUUUAUCUUGAAAAGGAUGGAGUGCGACAUCGACAAUGCCCGCCUUGUCACUCGUGCCUGCUGUGCACUGAACAAUGUGUGCGAGCAUUUUGGUGACACUAUGCUCCAACACUGGUUGGUCGAGGCUCAAAACAAUGAUGGCGGCCUCCAUCAGCCUGACCACAGCACAGAUGCUGAGAAAUGCACAGGCGGUGAUGUGAGAGCAGCUCUUGUCAGGCACUUCCAGCAGAGCUGA